AAAAUAUUACAGUUGACUAUUUGCUACAUCAUUGCAUGAUACUCUUUCUUAGUCUGCAAAAAUGUCGUCACCACAGAAGACCAAAGCAACUAAACCUCGUCUUGUUCCGACUCAUCCUGGAUACAAAGAAAUGAUAAUCGCUGCAAUCAAAUCGCAAGAAGAAAAGAAAGGAUCUUCACGAGUAUUUAUUCGAAAAUAUAUCGAAGAAAAUUUUGAUGUCAAGCAACAAGGUUUCACCACACAUUUGAAUAGAAAUCUCAAGAAGUUGAUUAAUUCAGAAUUUCUUUUUCAUCCAAAAACUUCACCCGGAUGUUAUAAAAUCAACAAAGCUGAACUCGCUAAAGAAGAAAAGAAAGCCAAGGCAAAAGUAAAAGCUGCAAUCAAGAAGCAGCCGGUCAAAGAAAAACUCGAAAUACAAAAAUCAAAACAAGCCGAAAAGGAACAAGUAACAAAAAAAAUUGCCAAAAAGAAUACUGCAAGUGCAACAAAGACAACAAAAACAGUAAAAUCGAAAGAGGCAAGCAAACCAAAAAAGUCUGACAACGGCUCCAAGAAAAUAAUUAUCAAGAAAAAAGUGGGGACUCUAAAGAAGGCUCAGAAGAAGACAACGAAAAAAUCGAUAAAGUAGAAAGAUGAGCAUUUCGAAAAACAAGUUCACUGUUUAUGCAUUACCAUUUGUUUUAUUUUUAUACGUGAUUACUACAAUUCAUCAAUCCA